GCCGUGGCUCGGGGAACUGGGCAGAAGUGGUGAGCUAUGGCGGCAGCGGUGGCAGCAGCGGCAGCAGUGCGGACCCGGAUCCUGCAGGUAUCUUCAAAAGUAAACACAUGGCAUCCAGCAUCUUCCUUUUCUUCAUCAUCAGUGCCAACUGUAAAACUCUUCAUUGAUGGGAAAUUUGUUGAAUCCAAAAGUGACAAAUGGAUUGACAUCCACAACCCAGCUACCAAUGAGGUCAUCGGUCGGGUCCCUCAGUCCACCAAAGCUGAAAUGGAUGCAGCUGUUGCUGCCUGCAAACGCGCUUUCCCUGCAUGGGCAGACACAUCCAUUUUAAGCCGUCAGCAGGUCCUGCUCCGCUAUCAACAACUUAUUAAAGAAAACCUGAAAGAAAUUGCCAAGUUAAUCACAUUGGAACAAGGGAAGACUCUAGCUGAUGCUGAAGGAGAUGUAUUCCGAGGCCUUCAGGUGGUUGAGCAUGCCUGUAGUGUCACAUCCCUCCUGAUGGGAGAGACCAUGCCAUCUAUCACCAAAGACAUGGACCUUUACUCCUACCGUCUGCCUCUGGGUGUGUGUGCAGGCAUUGCACCCUUUAAUUUCCCUGCCAUGAUCCCCCUUUGGAUGUUUCCCAUGGCUAUAGUUUGUGGAAAUACUUUCCUAAUGAAACCGUCAGAGCGAGUGCCUGGAGCAACCAUGCUUCUUGCUAAAUUGUUUCAGGACUCUGGUACCCCUGAUGGAGCACUGAAUAUCAUCCAUGGGCAGCAUGAAGCUGUCAAUUUUAUUUGCGAUCAUCCAGACAUCAAAGCAAUCAGCUUUGUGGGCUCCAACCAGGCAGGAGAGUACAUCUUUGAAAGAGGGUCAAGAAAUGGCAAGAGGGUUCAAGCCAAUAUGGGAGCCAAAAACCACGGAGUAGUCAUGCCAGAUGCCAAUAAGGAAAAUACCCUAAACCAGCUGGUCGGGGCUGCAUUUGGAGCUGCUGGCCAACGCUGCAUGGCUCUUUCAACAGCCAUCCUUGUUGGAGAAGCUAAAAAGUGGCUGCCGGAGCUGGUGGAGCGUGCCAAAAACCUGCGAGUGAAUGCAGGGGACCAGCCCGGAGCUGAUCUUGGCCCUCUGAUCACCCCUGCAGCCAAAGAGCGAGUCUGCAGUCUGAUUGACAGUGGAACAAAAGAGGGAGCUUCCAUCCUUCUGGAUGGGCGAAAAAUUAAAGUCAAAGGCUAUGAAAAUGGUAACUUUGUUGGACCAACCAUCAUCUCCAAUGUCAAGCCAAGUAUGACCUGCUACAAAGAGGAGAUUUUUGGUCCAGUCCUUGUGGUUCUGGAGACGGAGACACUGGACGAGGCCAUCAAGAUUGUCAAUGACAACCCGUAUGGAAACGGAACUGCCAUCUUCACCACCAAUGGGGCCACUGCACGGAAAUAUUCUCACAUGGUGGAUGUCGGACAGGUGGGCGUGAAUGUCCCCAUUCCAGUGCCUUUGCCAAUGUUUUCCUUCACCGGCUCUCGAUCUUCCUUCAGGGGAGACACCAAUUUCUAUGGCAAACAGGGCAUCCAGUUUUACACUCAGCUAAAGACUAUCACAUCUCAGUGGAAAGAAGAGGAUGCUACUCUUUCCUCACCUGCUGUAGUCAUGCCCACCAUGGGGCGUUGAGAACAAGUUCUUCGAGACUCAGUCCAACCAGAGUAAUUUCCCAUCACUCUUGGCCACCCUCACUUGCCAUCUUUGCUCAAAUCAGAUCCAUGAGAAUGGAAUAUAUUGCAGCUAAACUUUCUCAGAACUGUCAGUUCCUUCAAACUAAUAGGGAGACUGCAGGGAAACACUAAUGCCAGGUCUGCACUUGCUCUUCAUGCAUCUGAUCUGGAUGUGAAGUGUUUACCUGGACUGAGAGCUUAGAACCAUCUUCUAACAGUUCACUACUUCUAAUGACUUGGAGGGCAAUGUCAGCAUAGGGACAGAUCUUCCAGUAAAUAGAAGGUUUCUUGAAUAGGGAAGUAGGAUAGAAACAGUUCACCCUCUGCUUGAGCCUCAAACACAGCCCUCCAUCGAGUCCCACACUACAAAGAUGUAACCUAUUUUUACUCAUCCCCACAUUGUGACAACUGCUUCUUUUCUGCUCAGUGCCACCUUCUUCUUGUUUUGAUUCUACCACUACUUAAUUCUAUCACUGUUCAUGUUCUUUUCUUAAAAUACUUCUCAGAUACCUCAGGAUGCAAGUGACAUGUUAGCUUUUCAUUAUGUGUGCCAUUUUUCAUGGUUUGCUUUAGCAAUCAGUAAUCCAUUAAUUCACAUGCAAAGAUUCCUUAGAAAACUUAUUUCACAAGUUGUUUUUGACCCAGAAAUCAAAGAAUGUUCCAAUCAUGAAAGUGGGUAAAACACUUUGCCUUAAGCAAGCCUAACCUAUUAUUAUUUGCCAAAAUUUAUGUUAUUCUCUCUAUUGCCAGCAGUUCUCAUCAGCUGUUACUUUUAAUGAAAGAUCUUUUCAUAUAGCAUAAUUGAUUGGGUUACAAGAAACUUAAGUUCAUGCUUUGACAGUGCCACCACUUGCUUCUCUGAUGCUGUAACCCUGAAGUCAGAGGAGGCUGAUGUGCUGACCAGAGUAGUUUCUGUCUGUCUGUUUACCCUGUCUGAAGCCUGGUUUUCUGAACUAGAUGGCUGCUGGCUCUGCUAGCUGAAUCUCCAGUGCAUAGUGACAUGUGGUAAUGGUCAUUCACUACACUACUCUGUACAGUCACAUGGACAGAGCUGCUCUAGUCCAUCAGCUUAGCUGGUGAGUUAAAAUAAAGGUGGUGAUUCUAAGGUUAUUAGAGUAUUCACCUCUGGUAGGAUUCAGAGCCUUCAGUCAUAAACAAAACACAACUCUUUUUUUUUUUUUUUCCAUCCUAAAGCCAAGUAGAAAUUUGUAGUUUGUGAUUACAAUACCCUUUGUUUUCUUAUAAAACACAGUUCAUACCUAAUUCAAUCCAAUAAUUUUGGGAAAUUCCAAGUAGAAUUUAGUCACAAAAACUCCUAACAUUUUCCUUAGAUAUGAAGGAAGUUACCUUUUAAAAACACUGACUGAUCAGAACUGUGUCACUCUAAUUAGAAUCAACUGAUCUGGCCAGCUGCCUGUGCUCAAAGAGAUUCUUGUUUCUUAGAUGAAAUCUACCAUCAUAUUCAGGUUAGUGUCACUGAAACAGAAAGCCACAAUUUUCCCUUUUUGUUCUUUUAUGGCCUCAUCUGAAUUUUGUCAGAUUGUGUACUAAUGAUGAAUGACCACGUACAAAUAAAAAGCCCUUGGGGGAAAAAA